AUGUUGGCAUUUGCUAGACUAGAUCUGUUUACCUUGGGAAGAGGCCUAAGAGACAACAUUUGUCUCGAAGUGUCUAACGGUCGAGACUAUGGUGGCUUGCUGAUAGUCAUCACUGACCGUCUCGACAAGAUUCUGGAACAGGACAAGGGCCACGACGAGCCGACAUGCCCGUUCCUCUGGGGUCCCAUCAAUUGUGCCACAAGCACGAGUGACCAGGCGCGCACUGUUCAGAUCACUGGUCCAGCGCCUGGGGACCAUUUCAAGGCCACGGCCGCAUCCGCUGCAGAAGCCUCGGAUAGCGUUCGCUACGUCUCUGCUUUGAGCGCUGCUAGAAAAACAAAGAACUCGAAAGAGAACAAGCUGGUCUCAGCCUUCUGUGCGUCUGUGUCGUGUAGGCAGAAGCCAGAAGUCACGGUCGACGAGCAUAUCCAGCUCUUACGCCAGUACAACAAGACAAAGGAUGCUGGCCAGAUGCUGAUCGGCUUGAUUGCCGACAGUCGUGCCGUUCCUGUUGGGUCGUUGUACCGAGACCGCGACUAUGGCGUGAGUCUGGACGACUAA